CCAAUGGGUAACGAGUUUUGACCAUUGUGCGUGGCACAAAUCUAGCAUUUAACGAUCAACUUAGUAAACCUUCUUCACAUUUUGGCCACGUCUGACACCAUAGCCAUGACUCGAGCCAUCCUUUCCUUAGCUUUCUGCUGCAUCGUAGGUUUUUCUCAAGGAUUUUUUCUUGGUGGAAAUGAGAAAGAUAGCAUAGGGAUUCCAGUCCAGUUAGAUAAACUAGGAUUCAGACAGGAUGCAAAGGUGUAUUCACAUUUAGUCAUUCCACCAUGGAGCAGACCUUUUAAGCCUGGUUACUGCAUGAGCUGGGAAUGGAACACCGACAAGAGGUACAGAGAUCAGAGACUUGCUAUCUGUCAAGAGCUUACCAAAGGUAAACACGAGUGUGAUUCACCUGGUGGAUGCCGUGACAAGUGUCCAUUCUCCAAUGGAACUUAUCCCUAUUGGCGUCUACGUAACGCUGAAGAUGUACCUUUCUUGUGGGUUAUUUCUUCYCUUCAAAUGUACGAAACUCCCUUCUCUAACAGACCACUGACGUCAGACCCAUCUAGGGGCUACGCUAGCAGCUACUUUGGACCAGGUUACAAGCCAAGCAACGCAUUCGACAACAACGAAGACACUCUCUGGAUCAGCAACGGCGCUGCUCCUCCAGGCAUGCAGUGGAUUGCUUUUGAGUUUGAAAGACCUGUAUUCGUUGGAUCCAUUCGCAUGGCUUUGGAGGAGGGAAAACCUGAGAGAUCUCCUUCAAUGAUUUACGUCGAGGCAUCUUGUGAAAAGUACUUCAGAAACUUUGUCACCAUGUGGGUCAUCAGUAACCCAAGAAGGGAGGCUGACAAGCGAUACAGCGUGUUCGGAGAAGCCAAGUUCACAACCCUUGGGGCCAGCGGUCGCCUUGGUCCAGUGAGUGUUGGCACUCAUUACAAGGGAGCAGACCACGAGGGAAAAGUCAAUGUCAAUAAGGGUGUUCAAAUGUGGAAAGUACCUGCAUCGGGGACCUACUCGAUCGAAGCUGCUGGUGCUUCUGGUGGAUAUGACAAGUUUAGCGCUGGAAGCGGUAAAUUCAGAGGACGCGGAAGCCGUGUGAAGGGAAACUUUAAACUUCAGAAAGGAGAUGUCCUGAAGAUUCUGGUUGGUCAAGAAGGAAGUAGCAAUCCAACAUCUGGUGGGGCUGGAGGAGGAGGUGGAUCCUUCGUUGUCAAGGAAGACAACACCCCCCUGAUCAUCGCUGGUGGUGGUGGAGGAGUAGACAAGUUAAAGGGAGAAUCCCCUCGAUGCCAUGGUACUAUCUCCCAAGACGGUAACCCUGGAUAUGGUGGCUCAAUGUUCCAGGGAGGUUCAGGAGGCAGAGGAGCUGAGGAGGGUGAUAAUGGAUACUCUGGAGGCGGUGGAGGAGGACUCAAGUCAAACGGCAGAAGCAACAGGAACUUUGGUGGUUCCAAGGGAACUGGAGGAGAGGGUGGAAAAUCUUUCGUUUCUGGCGGUGUUGGUGGUAGAUCCAACCAAAACCAUGUCGAUGGAGGCUUCGGGGGAGGCGGAGGACCAAACGGAGCCGGUGGUGGUGGAGGUGGUGGCGGAGGAUACUCCGGCGGUGCCAGUGGAUCCCGCUCCAACUCCUGUGGUGGUGGUGGUGGUUCCCUUAACAAAGGAACCGAACAGUCCAACAAGCAAGGAGCCAACAACGGCCAUGGCUAUGUUGUCGUUAAACUUGUUAGUUUUAAAUAAGCUAUGAAACCUAGAAUAUUAUUCAAGUUACCCCUUUAGUAGAAUUCAAUACAAUAUUAGUUAUUACUUUCAUCAAGAUCAUCUGAAGUAUGGUCCUGACCUUGUCCAUGACUGCAAGACUUAUGGAAGUAAUUGAAACCAAAAGACGAAUGUACGACUGAACGACAUUAGCUUUUAUCAAAAAUUUAUUUUAAGAUUUCUUUAUACAAAUCUGUUACAUUUACGCUCGGCGACAAACAAUGCGACGGACCCUAUUAACGACAGCGACAACAUCCGACCGAACCACCAUGACUUAAAUUUUGGAACCAUCUUACUUCAUUUUUAAUUUAUUUGCUCUUGAAGAUUCGUUGAGUUUUACCGCUGUAAAAAAGUGGCACAUACGAUUGACGAGCGACAACUUCGACAAACCCAAGUUGAGCAACUUUAAUUUUGAAAGUUUUAUUUCAUUUUUACUUACUUGACGAUUCACAAAGUGUGACACAAACAAUUGACAAACUUUUAUUAUCAAGUACUAGACAAAAACGCAAGGAAAAAACAAUAGCCAAGAGCUACUAGUACUGAUUAACAAGAAAUUAGAACCACACCGACUUAUGUUACUUUAACCAAGAUUUGCGAACAGACAGAAGGCGACAACAGACAUAUUUCAUGUUUGUAUCAAAUGACCAGACCGACAUUAGACAGUUAAUACAAAAUACAAAAUACCAAAGAACGAAGACGAAAAGAGACAACAGAAGUAUUUUAUGUUUGUAUCGGGUAACUGGACCGACAUUAGACAGUAAAAAAACUGUUUGAGUGAUGGUAUACAGGAUAUACCGAUCAUGACGCAAUCGAACRAAUGGACCAUUUUCACUCCUAUCGGAUUGGACCAUCAUUUAUUUAUUUACCUUGCUAAAUUAACGGACUUGACCGGACACGAACGACCAAACGCUUUUAUUUUUGACGAACAUGGAAAUCGUUUUGUGGUGAGGGAUGAGUUUUUGUUCAUUUUGGACUAAAAUAAAACAUUUUACUGAAAACCAAAAUAAAAUCAGAAACGACGCGGCACUUAAAUAUGAUACGACAAUUUAAACAACAUCGACAUCAUCAUUCAACAACAAUAACGAUAGCAACAACAAUAACAACAAAAUAAAGAGCAACUCAACUUGCUUGACCCACAUCUCAGCCUCAUCGGAGGAGUUAAAACUGGGACAAAGCGAUAAAAACAUUCGUUAUACCCCAUAAGUCUUGCAGUCAUAAUUAUGUGCUAGUAUAGAUUCUUUGCUUUCAUCCUCUGCUCUAGAUCUUUCUAGAAUUUUUGCUGUGAUUUUUUGAGUCAGCUGGCUAUUAAUACGUGCCUCACUGCACGAAUCUGAUGGCAAUAAAGACGUUUUUUAAUGACA